GGCGCCGCGCAGACGAGGCGACAUCGCGGAAUCACACUGCCCCGGACAUCCGCGAGGCUGCCCCGCACUUGUGCUAGCCCUUCGAGCCCAUAGCUACGGCGGCACCAGACGCGCGUGCCGCCCAUUCCACAAGUUCGGCAGCGACCAUGGAGGCCGGCGCCGCCCUCGACGAGGCCAUGGACGCGCUGGCGCAGAAGAACGAGGACCUGACGGAGGACGUCCAGACGUUUGCGAAGGCCUUGGAUGGCUUGGGCGAGCCUCUCGCGGAUGCGAAGGCCGAGCGCCGACGACUGGAGACGAUUCGGGCCGAGUACCAGUCCCAACGAGAUCAUUUACUGCGGAAGAUGGCCGCCAACGAAUCGUUGCCGAGUGAUGUGAAACGGACGAUUCUGGAAGCUGCCGAGACGGGUGGUCGCAUCGUGGACGCCCUCGCUGACGUAGCAGCAACCAGGAGAGCAUUAGCGGACGAGAACGACAGGCCCCUGGGCAAGCCUCUAUCACUCGAAGAGGAUGUGACAGUGAAGGAGGAGGGGUCCUUUUUUCGGGGGGCGUCUCUGGUGAAAGCACUCGAAAUCCCGAACAACGAGGAUUCGGACGUAGCAAAAGCCUGCGCCGUCGUGCUGGAUCCCCACCGACCGCCGGCCGUCAUGGCGGACGUCGAGUCCGUCAUUUCUGCCUUGAAGGCGAGGACGCCGUCGUGGCGGUCCUGCGUCGCGGCGGCCAACCUGGCAGCCCAUCACAACGACGUGUUAGAUAGAAGAGCAGAACUAGUACCGGGGUUGCUGCGGGCCGCCUGCCAGCGCGAUGCGUAUUAUGCGCAAGUGUUCGCCGGCGAAGCUUUAGCGAGGUUGUUCCGACGGGGGGAUGCGGCAAGCAUCAACACCGUGGCACCGGGCGCACCUCUCGCGAGGUUAUGUAAAGCCGUCGCCGAGAGGUUGAUGACGGAGCCUAGAGAAAGGCACGUCGCGUUCUUAUCUUUGACCCAGCCGCAAUCCCCAUGUGCAUGGCGCAUGUUCGCGGCUCGUUUGGCAAGAGCGUUAGUUGGUGGGCAAAGAGCGCAAAAACUGGUGCGGGAGGCGGCGUUGCCUUUGGUGCGAGCUUGCGCGGCGAACUGCGGACCUCUUCGUGCAGAUGCGUCUGAUGACGAUCAUGGGAGGUGUUUCCUGCCGCACUGCGCCGCGGCGGUCGAUGUCCUUGCGAGGACGCAUGGGUCGUUAUUCUUAGAAAGAUAUGAAGACAGGUCGUUGCUUGGUCUAGUGGCGGUCGCGGCGGCGCCGAAUCUCGGGAGUCCGGACGCUCGCACCGCCGUUGAUGUUGCUCUACAACUCAGAGACAGAGGGGAAGCGCGAGCCAAGGGCCCGGAAUGGUCGCGGUUUCGCGAUUUAGCGAAGGAGUUCAUCGGGCGGAGUCCGAGGCACGCGCGCGGCGUCGACCGAGGGGUGGUUGUGGGCCAUUGCCGCGCGGCGCUACCGCACUUGCUGGUGGCGGCCUGUUCCAUCCAAGAUAGGGCUUAUUUGGAUAACGACAUCGCGCGAUGUGUGGACGCCUUGGCGGCUGAUCUGGGCGACGGUCGAGCCGGCGCGGCUCUGGCGGUGGCCUUGUUAGCGGCACAAACAGACUCUUGGAGUCAACGAGCGGCGCGAGGCUUACUGCCAGCCUGCGGCGAUUUGGCGUUGUGUGCCCUGGAGGGCCUGCGGCACCCGCCGAACGAAGGGCUCCAACAAGCAUUAGAUGCGAUCGGAGACGCGUUAUGUGCCUGGUGCGAUCGGGAAGACACGCGCGUCGGCGCCUUAGCGGCCGUAGCGAGGUUGAUUCGCCACGUGCCCCACGUCAUCACGGCCACGUCACCCCAUUUGGUCUGUUGGCGGCGGUGCGCGGAAGCCGCGGAAAGAGCCACUAAAGCAUUAUCACAGGAGGACGCGAACUUAUGCAGAGACCUAGCCGCUUUAUGGGUCGCGUCCGAUGCUUCUAGAUGUAAUCAACAAGAUGAUGAAAAAGCAGCCAGAGCGUGUGAAAGACUCGCGGACCGGGCGGUCGAGGGCGCCGGGACACCUUCCGCCAGAGUAUCAGCCAAAGCAGUAGCUGACUUAAUAGCCCACGGUGGCUUCGAUGUAUUGACGCGCAUCUUAGCUUCUGACAGGGACUAUCCGGGAGAACACGAGAAGCACCGAAGGCUGCAUCUUGUUAGGGCCGCGCACGAGGCAUUCGCUCCACUCUUAUUAGCAGCGCGAGAAACGUUGCUACCCGUCUCCACCCCAGCGAAGGCCAUCUCCAAAGAAGACCCGUUCCGACGCCAGGCCGGCCAGCUCUGCGAGCGCUGGGUCCAUUCGCACGACUUCCGGGCCGCGCUGGCCGUGUCGUCCACAGCUCUUGCUGAGGAAACGUGCCUACUGUUAGACAGGGUCCAAGGCGACAACGAGCAUGAUCCCCGCUCGCGAGCGACCGCCUCAGGAUUGGUACUGAUCGAUUGUCUGUUUGCAGCUCAUAAAGCGGUAAGGAAAAUAAACGAAGAACAGGAGGACGAUAGCGAUAGCGACGACGACACGGACGAGGACAUGGGCCAGGCCUGGAACCAGGCGGCCCAGCUCGUGUUGGCGUCGUUGCCUCAUUGUUUGGAGUCUGCUUGUGAUGCUUGUCCGCUCGGUGCGGCCUUUCACGUGUUGUUUGACCUUGGGCUCGCGGGCCAUGUUGGGAGUGCUGCUUCGGAGGAAGCGGCGAAAGUCCUGAUCAACUUGUUAGGGUCAGAACGACUCGUGGAUGACGGGAGGAAGUCGACACGAUCAGCAACUCUACAACCCGACUCCGCACCCAUCCUGGCGAGGCAUGCCGCUGCUGUAGCUUUGUUGAUCUUUGCCGAAUCGAGACGAGGCAGGAACGCCUGGUUGAGAGAUGUUUGUCUACAUCAAGGUUUACCACCUCUGUUGCAAAUUAUGGCGCGCGACGCGCCCGAAUCUGCCCAGCCGAAGAAGAAGCGCGCGGCCGCUGCGGCGGAGAACGCUGUCAGAGCUGCUGCGCAUUUACUAUCGUUGGCGGCUCGAGCGGCGUCGGGGCGGCCCUACCUGCGGAAGGCCCUGGUCGACUUUGACCCACUUUUUGCGCCUGCCGAAGAGACGGAAGCGGACUUGCUCUCAUCGCUAGCCGCUUUGGAAGAUGCUGCCGCCGAUCGGAGGGAACUGUUUCGGAGGAGACGGAAGCGCAUCCAGGACAGGCAGCAGCAGAAGGUGGUCAGUGAGCAAGCCGCGGCCGACGCCGAUCGAGCCGCGGCGGAGCUCAUCGCCGAAGUUGAGGGAGAGGACGAGGCCAAGGAGAAGAAGAAGAAACGGAACAAGAAGAAAGCCAAGAAGAAGAAGGCGAAGCGCGAUAGUGAAGAGAAGGCAGUCCCGGCGCCCGCUCCGGGCCGGGCGUCGCCGCGCCUCGAGGAGUUCACGUCAUAUGAUGACAAGGACGACGCCGCGGCCGUGACGCCCGAGGACUCGGCAGACGACGUUGUUGUACAAGCGCCCGCCGAGGCGGACUCGGACGACGGUGACGAGGCCGACACGCCGCUCGACGAGGCGCCGCGAGAGGUUGAGGUGGAGGACGCUCAUGACGACGCGGCGGCCGCGCGGCGCCUCGCCGUGCAGGCGCUGGAAAUGGGCAUCUCCACGGCGGCGGACGACAUCCCCGAGGCCCUCGCGCGGGAGAUGGAGGCGGCCGACGCGGCGGCGGAGGUCGAGGCCGCGCGGCGCCCCGCAGCGCUCGCCCGCCCGGACCCGACGCCUGCCCGCCCGGCCGCCCCGCACCCGACGCCCACGUUUGAUGAUAGCCAGUACACCACCGCCUUGGACGCGGCGGCACUGACGCCGCAGCAGCGCGCCGACGCCGAGAAAAUAGCCAGAGAAAUCGAGAGCGGCAAUCUGAGGGUCGGCGCGGACGGCCUCCUCGCGGCGGCGCCGCACCCCGACUACAACGCCCGCCAGGAGGGCCAAUUACUAUCAAGGCAGCCGACGCUCGACAAGACGGACCCCACGCUCGAGGAAUACGAGGCGAUGCGAAAAGCGCAACUGGCACAGGGGCCGCCCGGCCUGGCGCCACCAUCUGCACAGAGUUCGCCGAACGGCGUCGAGGCGACGUCUGUGAGCUUUGAUGCGGAGGACGAUGCUCUGGAUGCUGCCUUACUAGAUGCUGGGCUGGCAUCUGAUAUCAGAACGAGAGACAUCCUGCGGUGGGAAGGCAUCGAUGCGCACUCAUUGAUGUAUCUGGAGUAUGAAGACUACGUCAACUUGGAUUUGAGGAUGGGUGCUCGCGCGAAGUUGCGGCGGUGGGCCGCGUUGCAACGGUCUGAACCGGUGCCGGAGUGGUUGAAAUGCCCGCUGUCUUCCGAAUUAUUUGACGACCCCGUUUUGCUAAUUGUCGAUUCCAGGACUUAUGAAAGAAGUAGAAUAGAGGCCUGGCUCGCGCGCCACGGCGCGUCGCCCUUCACGCAAGCGCCCGCGCGGGCGACGGAUCUGGUGUCGAAUUUGGCGGUGCGGGCCGCGGCGGACGCGUUUCGGAGCGGUGGCCUUCGGGCGUCGUAAUUUUGGAUUGUUGGUUGAUUUUUAUUCCUAGCAGCAGACGUAUCGGCGCCGGCCCCUCCGCGAAAGGAAAGGCCGCCGCGUCACGGAGUCCGCCGCAAAACAU